AUGGCUUUUGACUCGCAUGCAUUCUUUUUAUCAGGCAUUACUCCUCCUACUCCAGCAAACGUAAAAGACGACAACGACAACACUACUCCCACAAUGUCUACCUCUUCUUCCAAAGUACCGCGAUUGGACACUCUUCCAAGCACUUCCUAUGAUGCUGCGACCUCGUCUCCCACUAACUUGACCGCUUCACCCGUGGAUUUCAUGCUCUCAACCAUGCCCACAAGUAUAACACGAGUGCUGGUGUACACUUCCCCCUUUAUAUACUCCUUCUCGUACUUUUUAAGUCUGAUUACGUGGUCUACGUCCAACGCCAGCGAGUCAUGUUUGCUGUUAGCCGCUUGGUGGUCUACUUGUCUAUUCCCGGGACAGAUCUUGGUUUAUGGAAUUCACCUGUUUCUGCUUGCAUGGAUCGGUUGGCUGUGGCUCGAGAAAAAGAAAAGAGAAAAAUUGGGAAAGCCUGAUUCAAUCUUACGCGCAAUUUCACAACAAGAUUUAAACAACACUGUUCGCGAAAUCGAAAAGAUAUCCGAGAAAUUGUCAGACUUUUCCGAGUUUAUGACUUCGUUUCAACAGAAAAUCGACUGGUCAGAUCCGGUGCAAACACAAAGAGUAAUAUUUGUUGGUUUCGUAUGGGGUGGUAAGUUCCAACCAGAGGCUGUCAGAGGGUUCUCUGUUGCUGCGCUAGUGAGAAAAGCUAAAGAACAACAAAGAAGGAAUGUGUCAAAAAAGACAAAUGGCAAAGAUGGAUCAAAAAAUUCAACGGAAAUAGUUUAUAGCUUUGUACUAUAUGAAAAUCAGAGAUGGUGGUUGGGAUUAGACUGGACUACAAAUCUGUUUCCCAAUGAGAGGCCCGCAUGGUCUGACGAAUACAACGAAGCAACUAAUAACAAGGACUCUUUCCAACUUCCUCCUCCAGACACUUCGAUCACAGUCGCACAGGAUAAUCCAAACGUCAUGAUCCGUAAAACUACUGAAUGGCGAUGGGUAGAUCCAGACUGGUGGAUAGACAUGGACGGUAGUGUCGAUAAGGAUGGGUGGGAAUAUGCUGACAAUCGCUGGAAGAAUUUCACAGGUAAAGGUGGAUUCCGUCGCUAUACUCGUAGAAGAAAAUGGGUGCGAACUGCACGAUGUAUCGAGACACUCGAGAAAAGAGACAUUAAUCCACCUGCGACACCGUCUUCUUCAAGUGAGGGUCGGGACAAAGGAUCGAUUGCAAAUAGUAGCUCGCAGAAUCUAUCGGCGAGCAGUCGGAGUAUACGCACUAUAUCGAGAGGCCGAGAUGGAAAAUUCGAGCUUAGUGCAAUCGAGGACGUAAAACCGACACCGAAUGGGUCGUAG